CAUUCUCUCGCUCCGCCGCGUGCUGGUUCCUCCUCCUCCUCCUCAUCCUCCUCCUACUCCUCGAGAUCUCGCGACCUCGGCGAUCCGCCGGUUCCCAUCGAGGCCCGAAGGCGGCUCCUCCGCGCCGCUCGAUUUCGGUCGCCCGGCGCUGACUUGGAUUGCUCGGGUUCCGUGACGGUGAAGGAGAGCGCGAUCGUCGACGGAGUUUUUUUUGGCGUUCCUUCCUUCUCUUCUCUCUUCUCUCUUCCUUUCUUUCUUCCUUCUUCGGCGGGGGUUCCAGAUGAAGAAUUCGCUCAGGAAGUUGCGAGGGUUCGGAAUCCACAACCACAAGCACGUCGGCGCCAGGGACAGGCGGGAUCUUCGAUGCCUUUCUCAACUGGACGAGCUCGCUCAGGCUUCUCAGGACCUGGAUGAUAUGAGAGAUUGCUAUGAUAAUCUACUCUCUGCUGCUGCGGCUACCACAAAUAGCGCUUAUGAGUUCUCAGAGUCUUUGCGGGAAUUGGGUGCUUGUCUUCUUGAAAAGAAUGCAUUAAAUGAUGAUGAAGAUAGUGGAGAGGUAUUGCUCAUGCUUGGUAAAGUACAGUAUGAACUCCAGAAACACCUUGAUGCCUAUCGCUCUCACAUAUCACGGACAAUCACAAUCCCUUCGCAGUCUCUUCUUAAUGAACUUCGAACGGUUGAGGAGAUGAAGCAACAAUGCGAUGAAAAAAGGAGCAUAUAUGAAGACAUGCGAAAGAAACAGAGAGAGAAAGGUCGAUCAAGAACUGUUAAGGGAGAGGUUUUCACCCAGCAGCAACUCCAGGAAGCUCAUGAACAAUUUGACGUUGAGGCGGCCAUGUUUAUAUUCCGGCUGAAAUCUCUGAAACGAGGGCAAUCUCAUAGUCUUCUUACACAGGCAGCUCGUCAUCAUGCUGCUCAGUUGAACUUCUUCAAGAAAGCCCUAAAGUCUCUUGAGGCGGUGGAGCCACAUGUACAGUUUAUUUCUGAGCAGCAGCAUAUUGAUUACCCGUUCGAUGGACUUGAAGAUGCUGAAGGGGAUGAAAUGGAUGAUGAUCAGGAUGAUGACAGUUAUGACGCUCGUGAUGAUGGGGAAUUGAGCUUCGACUACGGGCAAUCUGAUCAAGCUCCAGUGACUGAGGCAAGUAUUACGCGAUCAAUGGAGUUGGAUCAGGUGGACCUUACAUUUCCUCAAGCUCCAACGGCUGAAGCCAUGAAGGAAAAUGCAGAGAAAAUUGUUCGGGAAUAUUUUGGUGGAGAAAUCAGGAAGAUCACCCAGUCAGCCCCACUCUAUCCAGAAAAGAAGUUGGAUCCUACAGACAAAAUGGGGCCAAUGAGACAAUCAUCAACGCGGAAACUUCAAACCUAUGUCUUGCCCACACCGAUGGAUGCGAAGAGUUCAAUCACCACAUCAUCAAUCAAACCAUUUCCACCCUCCAGACAGACUAGUUUGAGCUGGCGUAACCCAAAGUUGUGGCAUUCAUCUCCCCUGGAACCAAAGAAUAUUGGGAGAAGCUCAGCUGAUGGGAAAUUCUCGGGGACUUCUGUCUCGAAUAAUCAUGGCAUUUUCAAGGAGAGUAACAACAAUGCCACAUCCCCAUUACUACCUCCUCCUUUGGCAGACGGGCUCUUAUUCACUAAUAUCGAUCCCCUCGGUGCUCCUGGUUCUAAGAAAUUCAAAAGACAAGCAUUCUCUGGACCAUUGAAUAAUAAGCCGCAGCCUAACCAGUCAGCGCCAUCGGAACAUCCCCAUUUAUUAUAUUCAGGACCAAUCUUGCGAAAUCCAAUUUCCCAACCACUUUCAUCUCCUCCAAAAGUGUCUCCAAUGUCUUCUCCACCUCUUACAUCCUCGCCUAAAAUAAGUGAGCUCCAUGAGCUUCCAAGGCCCCCUGCCAGUUCAAACACCGUAUCUAACAGACAUUCAGGAUUCGUGGGUCAUUCAGCUCCAUUGUUCUUGCGAGGACAAGAUCUUUUGGUUAAGAAGGAGCCCAUGGCAAUGACUUCAGCAUCCCCACUGCCGAUUCCUCCUCAGGUUGUCCCCCGUAGUUUUUCCAUUCCUUCAAGUGGUUUGAGGACAGUGAUCUCGCGGGGUUCAAAGCCAUCGGAAGUUCCAAUUAUCAUAGAGACAGCCGAAGAUGUGUCUUCUCCGCCUCUAACGCCAAUAGCUCUAUCUAACAUCCAGCAUCCACCAACUAAUGCACGAGCUAUCCUUCCAUCCGUCCGGAUAGGAGGGACAAACUGAUGAUUUCAUUUGUUGGAGCAUUCUUUGUGCAAUCCAUGGGUGUCCAAUACAAGGUAGCUUGUGGUAAUUUCUCGCAGUUGCAUAUUUGUAAAUAUAUAUUUUCCCCCUUAAAGCCAUUUCUGGGGGGAGCCGUCGGUAGGGAAUUACGUAAUCGUCCUAACGUGUUGAGCCAGGCAAUUUGUACAUACUCAUAGGAAUUAAAUACGAAGAUGUUUUUGGCUUUCUUUCCACAUUUUGACACGGACAGAUCUCUUUUGUUUAGUAGUGGAGUGGGAAUUCAUUCUCCCAUUAGCAGAUCAUAGCCCCACUAAUGUCAAGCACAAUUCAGUAAUGCAAUAUGCCAUUCGGAUUCUUGAACA